AUGGAUCAGUGUGAGGACAGAGAGGAGGGAUUCCCUCCAUCUAAAACCACUCUGUGUGGGGAACAUGAGAGCCAGACCAAAGCUCAGAGGUUUCACAGGAACCAACUUAAACUUGAGCCUUGGCCUAUACCUGAACCCAGCUGUGUGUCUUUAAACAGCAACUUCUCAAAAGGUAUUGGUGAAGAUUUUAGAGAACAGCAUUCUCCAGCAGAGAGAGUGGACACGAAGCGCUCAUUGGUUCCCAGUGUUCAUUCUGCCCAGCAGAAUCCAAAACACCUGGACUCCAUAUUUAUGCUGCUGGAGGAAAACAUUGUCACUUUUGUGAAGAAUGAGUUGAAGAAGAUCCAGGAGGUUCUGAAUCCCGGUUACAGGCAAAACCUAGAGAGUCAGAAGGAGGAUGAGGAGGUGUUAGACACUGAGAAUCAAGAGCAGAGGAACAGCAGCAGAGAGGCAUUUGUGAAAAUCACACUGCACUUCCUGAGGAGAAUGAAGCAGGAGGAUCUGGCUGACUGUUUGCAGAGCAAAAUGUUUGCUCCACUUUAUCAACAUAACCUAAAAUCGAAGCUGAAGAGGAAGUUCCAGUGUGUCUUUGAGGGGAUCGCUAAAGCAGGAAACCCAACCCUGCUCAAUCAGAUCUACACAGAGCUCUACAUCACAGAGGGAGGGACUGCAGAGGUCAAUGAUGAACAUGAGAUUAGACAGAUUGAAACAAGAGCCAGGAAACCAGACAGACCAGAAACAACAAUCAGACAAGAAGACAUCUUUCAAACCUCACCUGGAAGAGAGAAACCAAUCAGAGCAAUGCUGACAACAGGGGUGGCUGGUAUUGGGAAAACAAUCUUAACUCAGAAGGUAACUGUGGAUUGGGCUGAAGAAAAAGCCAACCAGGACAUCCAGUUCAUGUUUCCAUUCACUUUCAGAGAGCUGAAUGUGCUGAAAGAGGGAAACUUCAGCUUGAUGGAACUUGUUCAUUAUUUCUUUACUGAAACCAAAGAAGCAAGAAUCUGUAGCUUUGAAGAUUUCAAGGUUGUCUUUAUUUUUGACGGUCUCGAUGAGUGUCGACUUCCUCUGGACUUCUACAAUACUGAAAUCCUAACUGACCCUAGAAAGUCCACCUCAAUAGAUGUGCUGCUGACAAAUCUCAUCAGAGGUGAUCUGCUUCCUACUGCUCGCCUCUGGAUAACCACACGACCUGCAGCAGCCAAUCAGAUCCCUGCUAAUUGCAUUGACAUGGUGACAGAGGUCAGGGGGUUCACUGACCCACAGAAGGAGGAGUACUUCAGAAAGAGAUCCACAGACGAGCGACUGGCCAGCAGGAUCAUCUCCCACAUCAAGACAUCACGAAGCCUCCACAUCAUGUGCCACAUCCCAGUCUUCUGCUGGAUCACUGCUACAGUUCUGGAGGAUGUGCUGAAAACCAGAGAGGGAGGAGAGCUUCCCAAGACCCUGACUCAGAUGUACAUCCACUUCCUGGUGGUUCAGGCCAAAGUGAAGAAGGUCAAGUAUGAUGGAGGAGCUGAAACAGAUCCACACUGGAGUCCAGAGAGCAGGAAGAUGAUUGAGUCUCUGGGAAAACUGGCUUUUGAGCAGCUGCAGAAAGACAACCUGAUCUUCUAUGAGUCAGACCUGACAGAGUGUGGCAUCGAUAUCAGAGCAGCCUCAGUGUACUCAGGAGUGUUCACACAGAUCUUUAAAGAGGAGAGAGGACUGUACCAGGACAAGGUGUUCUGCUUUGUCCAUCUGAGUGUUCAGGAGUUUUUGGCUGCUCUUCAUGUUCACCUGACAUUUGUAAAGUCUGGAGUCAAUCUGAUGGAAGAAAAUCAAAAAGACUCCCAGAAAUUUGAAACAAGAAAACCUGGAAAGAAACAUUUCUACCAGAGUGCCGUGAACAAGGCCUUACAGAGCCCAAAUGGACAUCUGGACUUGUUCCUCCGCUUCCUUCUGGGUCUUUCGCUUCAUAAUAAUCAAUGUCUUCUGCAAGGACUGUUGGCACAUACACGUAGCUCACAGACCAAUAGAAAAGCAGCUCAGUAUAUAAAAAUGAGGCUCAGUAGGAAUCUGUCUACAGAGCAAAGCAUCAAUUUGUUCCAUUGUCUGAAUGAACUGAAUGAUCGUUCUCUGGUGAAGAAGAUCCAACAAUCGUUGAGUUCAAAACGUUUUUCCACAGAUAAACUGUCUCCUGCUCAGUGGUCAGCUCUGGUCUUCAUGUUACUGUCAUUAGAAGAAGCUCUUGAAGUGUUUGAUCUGAAGAGUUACUCUCCUUCAGAGGAGGUUCUUCUGAGAUUGUUGCCAGUGGUCAAAGCCUCUAACAAAGCUAUACUGAGCAACUGUAACCUUUCAGAGAGAAGCUGUGAAGCUCUGUCCUCAGUUCUUAGAUCCCAGUCCUCCAGUCUGAGAGAGCUGGACCUAAGUAACAACAACCUAAUGGAUUCAGGAGCAAAGAUGCUGUUUGCUGAACUGAAGAGUCAGCACUGUACACUGGAAACAUUAAGAUUAAGUAUGUGCAACCUCACAGAGAGAAGCUGUGAGGCACUUUCCUCAAUUCUUGGACUACAUCCCACAUCUUUAAAAGAGCUGGACCUGAGCAACAAUGACCUGAAGGACUCAGGAAUAAAGAUGCUUUCUGCUGGACUGAAGAGUCCACAAUGUACAUUGGAAACUCUAAGGCUUUCAGGUUGUAUGAUCACAGAAGAAGGAAGUAAUGAUUUGGCUUUAGCUCUGAGCUCCAAGCCCUUCCAUCUGAGAGAACUGGAUUUGAGCUACAAUCAUCCAGGAUACUCAGCAGUAAAGCUUCUGUCUUCUGGAGUGAAGGAUUCACACUGGAGUCUUGACACUUUGAGGGUGGAGCCUGCUGGAGUCCGAUGGUUGAGACCAGGUCUGAGGAAGUAUGCCUGUGAACUUACAAUUGACAUGAACACAAUUAGCAGAGAACUUCAUCUGUCUGACAACAACAGGAAGGUGACACGUGGACGACCAUUUCAGUCAUAUCCUGAUCAUCCAGAAAGAUUUGAACGGCCUCAGUGUCUGUGUCGUGAUCCCCUGAGGGGUCGCUGCUACUGGGAGGUUGAGUGGAGAGGAUAUUCUGAUCUAUCUGUAAGUUACAGCAAAAUCAAAAGGAAAGGAAGAAAUAAUACUGGUGCAUUUGGAUGGAAUGAUCAUUCCUGGAGUUUGUGGUUCUCUGAAAGUAAUCCUUACUGUGUCUCUUACAAUAACAAAAAAACACAUAUCUCCUCCUCCUCCUCUGUCUCUAACAGAGUAGCAGUGUAUGUGGACUGUCCUGCUGGCACUCUGUCCUUCUACAGAGUCUCCUCUGACACUCUGAUCCACCUCCACACCUUCAACACCACUUUCACUGAACCUCUUUAUCCUGGAUUUACACUCUGGGAUAGAGCCUCAGUGAGUCUGUGUGUAGUUUAG